CCGGCGCGCGCCCGGCUGGGGGCGGAGGGCGGAGGCCCACGGGCCGGAACAGCCGCGGCAAGUGGCGGCGGCAGCGGCGGAGGCAGCUGAGGCGGCGGCGGCGGCGAGUGGGGGUCCGGGCGGCAGCGGCGGCGGCGGGCCGAGGAGCCGGGCGCGAUGGAGCGGAAGAGCCCGAGCGGGAAGAAGUUCCGGAGCAAGCCCCAGCUGGCGCGCUACCUGGGCGGCUCCAUGGACCUGAGCACCUUCGACUUCCGCACGGGCAAGAUGCUGAUGGGAAAGAUGAACAAGAGCCGGCAGCGGGUGCGCUACGACUCCCCGAGCCAGGUCAAGGGCAAGCCCGACCUGAACACGGCCCUCCCGGUCAGGCAGACGGCGUCCAUCUUCAAGCAGCCAGUGACCAAGAUCACCAACCACCCCAGCAACAAGGUGAAGAGCGACCCGCAGAAGGCCGUGGAGCAGCCCCGUCAGCUCUUCUGGGAGAAGAAGCUGAGCGGCCUGAAUGCCUUUGACAUCGCAGAGGAGCUCGUGAAGACCAUGGACCUCCCCAAGGGCUUGCAAGGCGUGGGUCCCGGCUGCACGGAUGAGACGCUGCUCUCGGCCAUCGCCAGCGCCCUGCACACCAGCACCAUGCCCAUCACCGGGCAGCUCUCAGCCGCCGUGGAGAAGAACCCCGGGGUGUGGCUCAACACAGCCCAGCCGCUCUGCAAGGCCUUCAUGGUGACCGACGAGGACAUCAGGAGGCAGGAGGAGCUGGUACAGCAGGUCCGCAAGCGGCUGGAGGAGGCGCUGAUGGCCGACAUGCUGGCCCACGUGGAGGAGCUGGCCCGGGACGGCGAGGCGCCGCUGGACAGGGUGGGCGCCGACGAGGAUGAGGAUGACGAGGACCAGGAGGAGGGGCCCGACCAGGACCAGGAGAUGGAGCACGUCUAGAGCGGGCACUGGCCGGGUCCCAGGCUCCAGCUCGCGCGGGUAGCGACCACGGGUGAGGGGUGGUCCGGGUCCCUGGGACCUGCCUUGUGCCAGUGGCAGCAGUGCUGGGCCGGGCGCCUCCCGAGAGCACCUGUCUUCAAGGAGGACGGCCCGCCAGGCACUGAUGGCGCCCUCUCUGUCCCUGCACGGGCCCCACCCGCCCGUGGGCCACCUGCAGACUCGGCCUGCAGACUCGGCCACCUGCAGACUCCUGCAUGGGGCCACCUGCAGACUCGGCCCUCACCCUGCCCAGGCGUGUCCCCUCCCCUGGGCCACGGGGACACGGCUGAAGGACGGCCUCUCGCCCGAUGGACCCCCCAUAGCUGCUCCUUGGGGUCAUGGCUCCACGCUGGACUCGGGCCAGCCUGGUCCCCGUGGCUGCUGCCCUGGACCUCUCGCACAGGACAGCUGCCACUGGGCCGCCUGCGAGGCUCCCCGCGGGGCUGGAGAAACACUUGCGGAGCAGUCUCCCCUCCCGACCUGCACACGUGAGGGACGGUGUCCCAGACUGCCCGUCAGCCCUUCCAGAAGGGGAUGCACGACGGCUCCCCGGGGCCCACCCGGCGGGCACAGCGCUCCCAAGAGCAAAUGGCACAACCCGGACAUUUUCCUUCAGUAAAACCCAUGGUAGAGGCGAGGCCGAUGUCCACGUAGCUGCUUAACCUUCUGUCUGUUGCACACGGACGGGAACUCAGGCCUCAGCGCCUGAAGACCUCGCUGUCUGCAGCCCAGCCCAGCCUGAUGGUCGGCGCCGUGGACAGAGGACUAACUGCUCACGGCCGGACUCGGGCCAGGCUCCAGGCCAGCGCCGCCAUCGGCUGACCUCCAGGCCUCGGUCUUGCCCCAAAGAACAGGGACAGUGGCGCUGAUCCGGCAGGUGUGGGGCCUCCCACCACCUGGGGCCUCUGCAUCCCCAUCCCAGGCGCAUUUCCUGGCUGGGCCUGGGCAGCGGCCUCUGUGGAGCAUGGGGUUUGGAGGCGGUCAGAGUCGUGCUGUCCCUCCCUGCAGCAAGUGCCCCGGGCCAGGGGAGCUGGCGCACGCAGGACCGGGAGCUACCCUGAGUGGACCCCGGGCCAGCCCCCUUCCCUCAGCCCCAGGAAUGCCCUUGGGGUGGCCCCCAGCCCCUCCAUCAGCCUGGAGACACGAACCCUGGGCCGGUGCGGCCCCAGGGACCGCCAGCCCUGUCCCAGCCCUGCCACACCUGUGGCCGUGACUGUCGGGAGGGACCUGGGUUGCUGCCUCAUUUGGCCAGACACCCUGGGCUGCCGUGGCCUGCCCGGCGGGGCGACAGUGGCAGUGGGAGCCCCUCGGGGCUGAGACUCGCUGCCCACUCCCUGCAAGGACGCUGGCCCAGGAGGUCGGGCUGGCUGCAUCCUUCCAAGUCCAGUCGAAGCACAAAGCCCUGAGGGCCGCAGAGGCCGCAGUGACACUGCCUGGGGCCAGGCCCUCACGGGCCCCAGGAAGGCCCCUCCACAGAGGCCGCGGCCCCGAGGGAGGCUCCUGUGGGCGGUGUUGAAUAAAGCGUGUCGGGCGAGCGUA